AAUUCUCCGGCAACGCCAGGCCCAUUUAAUCCCCCUCCCACCCCUUAUCAUACUCUCUCUCCUCACCCACCUCCAUUCCCCUCGCUCUCUUUGCUUUUGCUCAGAGCUCAGACGCAGAGAAAGAGAGAGAGGGAUACCACGAGGAAAUAAAAGCCUUAUUUUUCCUUCUUCCAGGAGAGAGCGGGGAGGGAGGGAGAGGAAUUAAAGCAAACAUAUCAUCGGCAUUCGGCGCCGACCACUCCAUGGCGAGACUGGCGGGACUUGCCUUCCUUCUUCUCUCCCUCCUCGUUGCCGCCGCCACAGCCGCCCACUCCAGCGGCGGAGCAGGGGAUGGCGCCGUGCCGCUGAGCUGGAUCCCGGGGAUGUCGACGUGCCAGGGGACCAUAGCGGAGUGCCUCGCCGGGGAGGAGUUCGAUCUGAGUUCCGAGGUGGCCCGCCGCAUCCUGGCGACCUCCGACUACAUCUCCUACAACGCCCUCAAGCGCGACAGCGUCCCCUGCUCCCGCCGUGGCGCCUCCUACUACAACUGCCGCCCUGGCGCCCAGGCCAACCCCUACUCCCGCGGCUGCUCCGCCAUCACCCGCUGCCGGAGUUAGCUCUCUCUCUCUCUCGCCCACCCCAUCCGAGCUCCCCUGUCAUCUGUUUCUUAUCUAAAAAGAAACGAUUCUUCCAGUAAGAGAGAGAGAGAUAUUAAUUUGGUAUGUGAUGUUGUUGUUCCCUUCAAAACUAUAAAUUAUUUGUUGCUGUUAUUGUUGUUGUUGUGGUUUUAUUGUUAUGUAAACAUGUUUUAUAUGUCAUCUGUGUUAAAAAAAAAAAAAAUCUGAUUUUUUUAUUGCC